AUGGUUGGAAGGCCACUCACUCCUCAGAAUGCCAGCAGCCACCACAAUAGUGGCACUGCUCAGUUAGAAUUCAUUUCCCAGUUUGUGUUCAGUUAUGUGUUUGUGUUACUGUGUACCCUUAUUCAAGUUAAGGGUGAUCUCAAGAGACAUGUAUUAACACACAGUGAUAUAAGAAAGUUUGAAUGUGAUGAAUGUGGGAAACAUUUUUCACAAAAGAUCCAUCUCAACAAACAUGUACUUGUACACAAUGGUAUAAAGGAGUUUGAAUGUGGCGAAUGUGGAAAACAUUUUGCACGAAAAGAUACUCUCAAAUCACACAUACUUGUACAUACUGGUAUAAAAGAGUUUCAGUGUAAUGAAUGUGGGAAACAUUUUGCACAUAAGAGUCAUCUCAAGACACACUUAUCUUUACACAGUGGUGUAAAAGAGUUUGAAUGUGAGGAAUGUGGGAAACAUUUUGCAGUUAAGGGUGAUCUGAAGAGACAUGUAUUAACACACAGUGGUAUAAGAAAGUUUGAAUGCGAUGAAU